CUCACGUUCGGAAAACGAGUUUCUUGCGAUUUAUUCCACAGUUAUCGCUCGAUUGUCGCGAUGGACAGAAUACUCAAGGGGAUCAUGAAGUACAGGAAGUGCCAUCGGGAAGGAAUGGUGAAGCAAUUUCAACAAGUCAAAGACCAUCCCGAGCCAAAGGCAGUGUUCUUUACCUGCAUGGACUCCCGGAUGAUCCCAACUAGAUUUACGGAAACGAACGUUGGAGACAUGUUUGUCGUCCGAAACCCCGGUAAUGUCGUGCCGCACUCGCAGCACUUCGUGGACGAAUUUACCAUGUGCGAAUCGGCGGCGUUGGAGCUGGGAUGCGUGGUGAACGACAUAAGGCACGUUAUAGUUUGCGGCCACAGCGAUUGCAAGGCGAUGAAUCUGCUCUACGCUCUACGGGACGAGGAGUUCGCGUCGCAAACCAACAGGAGAAUGUCGCCGCUGAGAGCGUGGCUGUGCGCGCACGCCAGCAGCAGCCUGGCGAAGUUUCAGCAUCUCGAGGUAGCCGGUUUCCGCGAGCCGAUCCUCUUCCAGGCCGAGACGCCGCUGCGAAAAUUCGUCGCUUACAUCGAUCCGGAGGACAAGUUUGCCAUCGAGGACAAACUGUCGCAAAUCAACACGUUGCAGCAGCUCCAGAACAUCGCGUCGUACGGGUUCCUGAAGAAACGCCUGGAGAGGCACGAUCUGCACAUCCACGCGCUGUGGUUCGACAUUUACACCGGCGACAUUUAUUACUUUAGCCGAGCCAACAAGAGAUUCGUGGAGAUAAAUGAAACGACGGAGCCGCUCUUGCUUAAGGAAAUUAAGAAAUACUACUCGUAAAAAUCUUUUUUUUCCAGAUAAUUCGGACAUUAUUUAUAAUCCAACGCUAAAAUUAUAUUACCAGAGCUAUGCGAGUUAAAUCGCGUAAAGUAAUCGUAUAUUUUUAUAUAUUAAACUUCCAGGGGCUUAUUAUACACUUUAUAUACUCUUGAGAAGACUCGCUAAUGAUAAUAAUCUGAAUCUUUAUCGCUUAUUAUUAUUUCAAAGUGCACAAUACGUUGCGCUUUGUUGGGAUCAUCGAACUUCAGAUGCAGUUCGAGUUUAGCACAAAAUACAUUCUUCACCAAACUCAUUGUAUAAUUAUAUGUCUAUUUUUUAUAUAUAUAUACAUAUAAUAUAUAUCU